AUGGACAGCCGCUCGAUCUUGGAGCAGCAGCUCGAAAGACUCCGAGAGCACACCGAGCCACCAACCUCUCAGCCUCGAACGCAUAUCGAUGAUUACAGUAUCGAACACGAGCACGCUGUACGAGGGCUUCUAGGUCGCUGGAAUGUCUCUACACCUCUUGUCUCGGAAAGCAUUUCGGCAGCAGUCAAAUGCCAGAUAGUCAAGCACCGGAGGGUGCGAACAACGACAAGCAGAGUUGUGGAGAUGGAUGUGCGCGAGAUCUUAGGCAAUCACCCGCUCCCUGCGGCCGUAUUGCGUAUGCUUUUUGAGAAGCUGCAUCGAUUCUUCAUCUUUGUGGAACGCAGACGACCAGAGCUGCUACCAUCAGGAGUUAAUACCAUGCAGCUUGGAGACUUGCGUUCAAGGGCAAACCAACGACAACUUUUUCAUACCAUUCGAAGCCUUCUAGGGCCCUUUCGCGUUCUUUUGCGCUAUCUUUCAGAGUCAGAUCAGGGUUCGGAAAACUCCUUCCUGCAAGAGCUCGGCAAGCUCGGCGUUAUUGUACCAAGCGAAGUAGACAAGUUUGUUGCGAUCGCAGCUUUUGGCGACACGGAUGAAAUUCUGUCUCCACCCGAGCAUCUCCGUGAGGUCUGGAAGCCGGUAGGGAGGGAACGCGUAGCCCCUGAAGACGGUGGACAGCUUGGAGAAUUUACCAAACAGCUCUGGCGGACACAUUGGCGUGUGCGUGAUUGCUACGGGCCCCCAAUCUCAGAUUUUGAGCUGAAAGCUCUCUUCGGGGUCGACGCGACACUCGCUUCGCAUGCCGAUAAACGCUUACCGUACGAGUGUGGAGCAUACAAGUACACGCUGGCAGGGCAGGACCCUUUCGUGGUGGACUGUACCAACAAAGGUCUGUUCACAACUAGCGGACCAUCGGGAACAGCGUAUCGUUACUCAAAUCUGUGGCUAGUCCUUGGCGGACCUCGAGAGAAGCUGCCAGAGUUGAGGCUUACGAUGGCGGCCCUGCUCCUUGGAGGCGUCCAUCACUCGUUGGUUGAGGUCAUAGCGGUUUGCGCGCCCAUCCUUGGCCACGGGAUGCCGAGGAGUUUGGAAGAGAUGCUGAAGCAGCUAGUACCGCAUGGAUUGGAGCUUGAAUGGAGAGGGGUAUCACAAAGCAUCACGCCAGAGGCUUUUCACAGCGAGCUGGGUGGUCGUCUGGAGGAUCGACUUGCGUGA